AUGCCUUCCAGAAAACAAGUAUCAACUGAAUCUACUUCUAUACCCACUGAAUUAUCUCCUCAAUCUUCUUCUGCCGAAUCAUCAUCUCAAAUUCUUAAUAGUCUUAAUGGAACUUCAACUUCUUCAAUUUAUAAAUCCUCCGAAAAAUCAUCAUUAAAUGUUGAAGAAGAAAAAAUUGAUCUUGUUUUUUCUAAAAAACAUACAUUUCCUCUUAUCCGUUCUCGAAUAAAUUAUGAAAAAUUGGCAAAAUUUAUUGAAGAAACUUUAAGAUAUAUAAAUACUUUUAAUUAUCCUUAUGAAAUGUUUUAUCGUGAUUUAAAUGGUAAAGAACAAGUUUUAAAUUCACGAAUUGAUGAUACUAUGAAAGAAUUAAAAGAGAUUUGUGCAACUGAUCGAGGUAAAGAUGUAAAAGCUGUUUAUAUUUUAGCCGAUAAGAAGGUUGGAAUCCAAACAUUCCUCACUUACAAUCUUGAUUUCCUAGUAUUCCUAAUAUUUCUUACAAAUUUAUUAUGGUUUAUUUUCGUUGGUUCAGAUGAAUCGAAAGUAUCAUUAUAUGUUUUGGGUUUAGGAUUACUUUUUAGGAUGUAUUACAAAUAUUUGAAAGAAUGA